GUCGGGCUCAACCUCACCUCCAGGCCAAGCUGCUUCUCCCGUAUACAGGCCGCGGGGCGUUCCCAUGUCCCAUGUCCCUCGCACCCGGCACGCCUCCCGUCCGCUGACCUUCCUGCACCCGACGUGCUGCGGGCGAUCCCGCCAGAGCCUCUGCCGCGCCGCUGCCACCGCCAGAGCGCCCGGGCUGCCACGAUGAAUGGCGACCUGAGCCUGUCGCAGACCCUCGGCGGGCUGCGCAUCGCGAACCCCGACGAGGACGACCCGACGUCGCCAGCAUCGCCGCCGGCCCCCUCUUCGGACCCGCGCGAGAGCCCGCACCGCCUGCCGUCGCACGCCUCGAGCAGCAGCACCGCGACCGAGCGCCAGGCAGCGAGCCCCUACGCCCUCGAGCCGCCCACCGACUACGCCGCCGACCCGCUGCCGUCGCCCGCCUCGUCGCGCGGCCUCGCACCGCACCCGCCGGGCGCCUCGCCGCCGCAGUCGUCGUCGCCGCUGGGGCUGGCCGCGCCCCUCGCCGCCGUGCCGUCGCACUCGCCGCGCCUGGCCCACCGCCAGAGCAUGCCGCUCGCCCACCAGGCCCAGCAGCAGGUGCCGUACCCGCCGUAUCAGCCCGGCGCCCUGCUGCAGCGCAGCCAGCCGCAGGCCGCCCUGUCGCAGGCCAUGCGCGAGCGGCCCGUGUCGACCAGCAUGUACAACCACCCCAACCUCUCCACCAGCUCCACCACCGCCCCCGGUACCUACCGCUACAACGACGAGGGCAUGACUGCCGACAUCCGCCGCACCAGCAGCUCCCGCGUCGCCCCCAGCCCCAUGCCCGUGCGCGAGGCCAGCCGCCGCGACCCAUACCGCCAGUCCGCCCAGAUGGCCGGCCUCAACGGGCCCCUGCCGCCCCGCCGCAGCUCGCGGCGCAUCCCCAUGGACGGCCCUGGCGCCCUCGGCCCCGGCCCCGGCCCCGGCGUGCCCUCGCAGCUGUCCAGCUCGCCCUACAGCAUCGAGGGCGGCCCCCUGUCCAGCAGCGAGGAGUGGAAGGACAAGGGCGCCGCCGUCAGCACGCGGCAGGAGGUGGACCAGAACGGCCGGCCCAUCACGCGCGUGGUGAAGAAGGGCGUCAAGGACUUCAACUUCGGCCGCACCCUGGGCGAAGGCUCCUACAGCACCGUCCUCGCCGCCACCGACCGCCAGACGCUGCGCGAGUACGCCAUCAAGGUGCUCGACAAGCGCCACAUCAUCAAGGAGAAGAAGGUCAAAUACGUCAAUAUCGAGAAGGACACCCUGAACCGCCUCACCGACCACCCGGGCGUCGUGCGCCUCUACUACACAUUCCAGGACGAACGCUCGCUAUACUUUGUGCUCGACCUGGCUUCUGGCGGAGAGCUGCUGGGCUUUCUCAAGAAGAUGGGCACCUUCGACAUCGAAUGCACACGAUUCUACGGCGCCCAGAUACUGGACGCAAUCGACUACAUGCACUCCAAGGGCAUCAUACAUCGCGACCUGAAGCCGGAGAACGUUCUGCUGGACGAGCAGAUGCACGUCAAGAUCACAGACUUUGGAACAGCCAAGAUUCUGGACUUGAAGCGGGCGAACGGCGCUGGCUCCACAUCAGGCGACCCCAUGGAGGGUGCUGAAUCAGACCGCGCCCAGUCGUUCGUCGGGACCGCCGAGUACGUGUCUCCUGAAUUGCUCACAGACAAGAAUGCCUGCAAGGCCAGUGAUCUGUGGGCUUUUGGGUGCAUCGUCUACCAGCUGAUUGCUGGACGACCGCCGUUCAAGGCGGCCAACGAAUACAUGACUUUCCAGAAGAUUGUGGGGCUGGAGUACAGCUUUCCCGAUGGCUUCCCCCCGCUUGCAAGAGACCUCGUCGAGCGAUUGCUAGUAUUAGAUCCGCUAACACGCUUACCGAUGGAGCACAUCAAGGCGCAUCCCUUCUUUGAAGGCAUCGUCUGGGGCAAAGGCCUGUGGAAGCAAAAGGCACCGCGUCUCAAGGCUUACAGUGCGCCGCCGCAGGAGCCGAUCAAGCUCAACGGGCCCUCGACACCAAGCGUCCCAGCCCCCGCUCCGGUGCGACCGAAGCCCAGACUUAUUACCGAGCUACCGCCUCCCAGCCAGCUCGACAUCGACUGGUCGCCCGUGCUGACCAAGAGAGACGAGCGGAUAUUAAAGCUCGGCAACUUCUUCAUAACACAGCACCCUGCAGGGCAUCCUGUCGGUGGCGCAGCCGAGGCAGUCGAAGCGCCCAAGAAGUUUUCCAGAUUCUUCAGCAGUAACACUAUCAAAAAGCGGCAGCGCCUUGUCAUGAUAACUAGCAACGCUCGUGUACUGAUGUGCGCCGCCGGCACGAACGACAAGAAGCUCAAGGAAGAGGUGUCGCUGCUCGCCGCCGGCUGCUCGUGGCGAUCGUUCCAGGACGCGAAGGGCCUGACAGCUUGGCUGGUGGAAACACGCGAAAAGCAGUUCAUCUUCGAGGACCCCAAGAGUACCACCAGCGACCCUGAUGGCAGCAAGUACUCGAGCCAGGAGUGGAUCGACAGCGUCGAGCAAGCGCGCGACUACGCGCUGUCGCAGGCGCCGACCAACGACCUGGCCCUCUCCGAACUCGGCUCGAUAUCGACCCCCAGCUCGCUCGGCGGCGACUCGGCGCUCGACGGCGUCAACAUCCCCGCCUCGCGCCACGGCCACCUCCACAAGGAGCGCGGCGACACCGACUCGGUCAAGAGCAGGAAGCGCUUCAGCAAGCGCCACUCCAAGAACGGGCUGGCGAAUUUCUAGUCCCCGCACUCGUCACCGUACACGCCUCGACCAACUUCUAGGCGACAUCCUUUCAGUAUACAUAUUGGAUCAUCGUACACAGAUACAUCCGCGUCCCGCUCCGCAUCAUCGCGCCUCAUCAGCGAUCGGCGUCUGGCGUUUCUUCAUCGUUUCAUACCAUUACACUACAUUA